UUCACUUCCCCUUGCCCACCGUAGUCAACAUCUAUCCUCUCGUAAUCAUGAUCGGUCAACCAGAGGUCACCGUCAAACCCAGCCGGAGCGACGAGAUCAUCGACCCUGAUCAGCAGCUUCAAAUCUCCGAACAAGUCCGAUCUCACUUCGAUUCCAUUCUCCCCAAACGUCCCUCUAAACCUAAUCGCAGUGACCCUGAUUACAUCUCAACAGUACAACCCUCUGACGAAUCAGUUGAUACUAUUCCAGAGUUCCUCAAGUUCCAAACCCUAAAAUCUCAAUCUCAAGGUAUAGUUUCCGAUCGUAAUGGAACGGUGGAAGAUGAGUUCGUGGAAACCGAAUACUACAAAGAGUUGGUUUCCAUUGACAAAGAACAUCACACGACUGGGAACGGAUUUAUAAAGGUGGCGAAGGAGGAAAACGGAGAUGAUGAUUUAUACGAUCUCCGAUUGCAGAUCGGAGCUGAUGGUAGAUACAGAGAUCAUAUUGUCAAAUCAAACCCUGCAACAAACGAUUGGAUUCCUUCAAGUGGUGAUUGCUAUGAUCAAGAUGAAUAUCUGUCUUUGAAGCCGAAUCGAAGCGAGAACUAGUAGAGAUUAUGCUUUGAUUAAUUAUGAUCAAUAAAAUGAUUUCCUUUUGUUAAUGGAAUGUAAUGGAUAAGGUUGAAUGUGUAUUGUAAAUUUGAAAGUGGGACAUUUGUACUUUAUGUUUUGUUGUUAUCUUAUCGUAUUUGUUUUACUUUA